AUGACGACGACGGCAACACCAGAAGCGCUGAACGCGGAGAUCGCGCAGGUUUCUGUGCACAUCGCCGACCUCCGCAAGCAGCAGGCGGACGCGGCGCUCAUCGAGGAGGAGAAGAAGAAGCUUGGCGAGCUCAAGCGCACCUUCGCGAUGCUGCAGAAUGCAGGAGGCGCGAAGGAUGCGGGCAAGAAGCGGGAACGGCUACUGCUCAAGACGCCCAAGGGCACACGCGACUAUGGCCCCGGCGAGAUGUUCUGCCGCGAGCACAUCGAGCGGAUCGUCAAGGAGUGCUUCACGACGUAUGGCGGGAGCUGCCUCGACACGCCCGUGUUCGAGCGCAAGGACAUUCUCGCGGGCAAGUACGGCGAGGACGCGAAGCUCAUCUUCGACCUCAUGGACCAGGGCGGUGAGCAGCUCGCCCUGCGCUACGACCACACCGUCCCGCUCGCGCGCUACCUCGCCAUGGGCGGUGCGCAGGUCGCGUCGUCGAAGCUCUGGCAGGUCGGGAAGGUCUACCGGAGAGACAACCCGGUGAUGUCCAAGGGCCGCAUGCGGGAGUUCUCGCAGGCUGACUUUGACAUCGCAGGGCAAUGGGACACCAUGAUUCCAGAUUCCGAGCUGAUCAGUCUGCUGUGUACGAUCUUGGCGAAACUAGAUGUGGGAGAGUUUACCGUGAAGAUUAACCACCGAAAAAUCUUGGACGGCAUUUUCGAGGUGUGCGGAGUGCCACCAGAAAAAAUCCGCUCAAUAUCUUCAGCAGUAGACAAACUAGACAAGCUUCCCUGGGUAGAAGUCAAGAAAGAAAUGACCGACGAAAAGGGUCUUGACGCUGCGGUAGCAGACAAAAUUGGAGAAUAUGUCAAGCACAAAGGUGGACUGGCGCUCCUGGAUCAGCUGAAGGCGGACAAGGCACUCAUGGCAAAUCCCAGCGCAAAACAUGGAAUCGAGGAGAUGGCCAUCCUCUUCACCUACCUCACCGCGUACGGCGUAAUUGACAAGCUCUCAUUUGACCUCUCCCUCGCGCGGGGGCUGGAUUACUACACCGGCAUCAUCUACGAAGCGAUCGUGGAAGCGUCCGCACCACCAGGCUUCGACGCUGCCAAUGCCUUCGCCUCCCCCUCCUCGCCACCGCCCACACCCGCACCCGCGAAAAAGAAGCCGGCUAAGAAGAGCACUGACGAGGAGGAUGAGGAGGUCGACGAGUCCUCCGUGGGCGUCGGCUCGAUCGCCGCGGGCGGGCGGUACGACAACCUCGUAGGCAUGUUCACCGCCGCGGCAGCGGCGGAGGGGAAGAAGACCGCGGGGGUGCCGUGCAUCGGCGUGAGCAUCGGGCUCGACCGCGUGUUCGCGAUCGUCUGGCCCAAGUGGGUGCAGCGCGGGAUGCGCAGCAAGGAGACGAUGGUGUACGUCAUGGCCGCCGGCGACGGGCUGCUCACGCAGCGCGUCGCGCUCGUGCGCGAGCUCCGCGAUGCGGGCAUCAAGACGGACUUCUUGUUCAAGAACAAGCCGAAGAUCGCCGCGCAGUUCGCGGCGGGGGAGCGCGACGAGGUGCCAUUCGCAGUCAUUCUGGGCGAGGAGGAGCUCAAGGAGGGGCUCGUCACCGUGAAGGAGCAGAAGUGGGAGCUCGUUGACGGGAAGAAGAUCAAGAUCGAGUCGACCGACAAGGGCGUGAAGGUGAAGCGCGACGAGCUCAUCGCGUGGCUCAAGCGGACACAGACGCACGCAGAGUGGGCGAGCGGGAAGUGGGUGCAGAGCUGA